GCUGAAAUGAAUUGCUUUUUUUUUUAGGUCUUCAAAGAAAACAUCUGCUAAAAAGGACAAGGUCAAAGAGCAGGUGAAUUCUGUGGAUGACCUCGAUGACUUAACUCUGUCACCGGAAACAGCUCCCGAGGACCGCGAGUCGCUUUACCCUAAUUAUAAGAAUACCCUGAGGCUAAUCGAACAACUUGGCCUGGAGAGUAAAGAUUCUGAUCGGUUAUUGAACAUUCAGGAUCCAGUUGAUUCAGUCAGAUCAAUAGAACUUAAAGAAUCUGACUGUGCAGUACUUAGAGGAAAACUUAAAGAAAUGGAAAAUAAGGUGAACUGGCUACACACAGAGCUGCUGAAAACAAGAGAAGCUAAAUCACAGUUAAAACUUCAAAAUGUGGAGUGGGAACGAGAGCUCUGCCGCAUGAGAUGUACAUUAGAACAAGAAAACAAGAAGAAGAAAAAUGCUUAUACAUUAUAUGAAAAAUGUAAGGAUGAUUUAAAAAGAAAAGAGAAACAAUACAAUGAGCAAGUUGACCUGAAACAACAACUUGAAAGCACUGCCCGAGCACUAGAAUGCAAACUGAAGAGCAUAAGGAAUAAACCAAAUCAGGUUUUAGAAGAGCGAAAUGACGCUCAGAGAGAACUUUCCCAAGAGCAGAAUGCCCAAGUAAUACAAGAUGAAGUCCUGGCCCAUCGUCUUUCCCAACAAAAGGAGGCAGAAAAGGCUAAUGAGAAAAUGAAUGCUGAGGACACAAUGGAUUUUGAGCUGUCUGACCCAAAAGAUAGCAGCGAGGUGCUUCCUCAGCAACUUCCUGAAGCUGAGCGUCAAUUCCGUGGCCCAGAAAUUGAGCUCCAUCCCAGGAGAGAUGCUCUUAGACCAACAACGUUGGUAUUAGAAUGUGUGCACAGAGACCGAGGCCAAGCCCAGUGUUCAAACAAGGAAACUGAACCCUUGUCUCAGAGCAAACAAGGGGACGUCAUCAAAUACAUUGCAAAGCAGGCAUUCUUGAAGGAGACAAUAUGUAAACUACAAAGUGAAAACACGUUGCUUCGACAGCAACUAGAGGUUGCUCGAAAUGAAGCCAGAAGUGAAAAGACAGUACUUAAUACUCCAGAGCCAUUUCUGGAUCACAUGGGAAAACUUGAAGCCAUGAGCAGACGAGUUCUGAUGCUGGAGGAAGGAAACAAGGAGUUAAUUAAAGAAUGCAGAUGUUUAAAGGACAGACUGUGUCAGUAUGAAACGGACAGAGCAGAAAUGGAAGUAAGUACCCAGAAAGGGAACUAAUUUUCAGACUUCCUC